ACAUGAAAAAUUACCCGGCAAAAUUAAUUGGAACGUCAGUUAAAGAAAGCUUGUGGUUACCUUUAUCUUAGAAACCAAAAACUGCUGGCUCUAAAACGAUCAGCUCCGAAAUCACCAGUCAUCCAUGGCUACUCCUGCACCUUCAUCUUCCUCUCUCCUAUUCUCGUCUCCACCUUCGAAGCUUUCUCCGCCAUCUCUUCUACCUUCUCCACGCCUCUGUCUUUCAUCUUUCUCUCAGUCUUCUUCUCUCUCUGCUUUUCUCUCCAUUACUCCUACUUCUUUAGCAUACCCAGCAUGUUCAAGGCGCUUCUCUGCCUCCUCUUCUUUCACUGUCAAGGCCAGUGCUGCAGCUAAGAAGAAAGUCCUCAUAGUUAAUACUAACAGUGGUGGCCAUGCUGUUAUUGGAUUUUAUUUCGCGAAAGAGCUUUUAGGUUCUGGCCAUGAGGUCACUAUCUUUACUGUUGGUGAUGAGAAUUCUGAUAAAAUGAAGAAGCCUCCAUUCAGCAGAUUUUCUGAAAUUGUUAGUGCGGGAGGGAAGACGGUAUGGGGAGACCCUGCAGAAGUAGGGAAGGUUGUGGAAGGAGCAACAUUUGAUGUUGUGUUAGAUAACAAUGGCAAGGACCUCGAUACUGUCAGACCUGUAGCAGACUGGGCCAAGAGUGCUGGUGCGAAGCAGUUCCUAUACAUCAGCAGCGCUGGAAUCUAUGUACCAACUGAUGAACCUCCUCAUGUUGAAGGGGACGCUGUUAAAUCUAGUGCAAGUCAUGUUGCUGUGGAAAAAUAUAUUGCUGAGGUUUUCAGCAGUUGGGCUGUUUUCCGCCCGCAAUACAUGAUUGGUUCAGGCAACAACAAAGAUUGUGAGGAAUGGUUUUUUGAUCGAAUCGUCCGGAAAAGGCCAGUACCAAUCCCCGGGUCCGGGAUGCAACUAACUAAUAUCUCCCAUGUUAGGGACUUAUCUUCUAUGCUUACUAAAUCUGUUGAAAACCCAGAAGCUGCCGGUGGCAAUAUAUUCAACUGUGUAAGUGACCGUGCUGUUACUUUGGAUGGAAUGGCCAAACUGUGUGCUCAGGCUGCAGGUCUACCAGUUGAAAUAGUGCAUUAUGACCCGAAAGCUGUUGGAAUUGAUGCAAAGAAAGCUUUUCCUUUCCGAAAUAUGCAUUUCUAUGCGGAACCCAGAGCUGCCAAGGACAUCUUGGGAUGGCAAUCCACCACGAACCUUCCUGAAGACUUGAAAGAAAGAUUUGAUGAGUAUGUAAAGAUUGGGAGAGACAAGAAGCCUAUGCAGUUCGAGUUAGAUGAUAAAAUACUCGAAUCCCUUAAGAUUCCAGUAGCAGUAUGAUCUGUUGGAAUAAUGGCAUUUGAAGAACUGCCCAUUUUAGAAGACCCUGGUCUGAUGGAGAGCCUGUAAUCAUUUUUUUCCUCCCAAAUCUGUCUAGUUUUGUUAAAGACUUGUAUUCUUUUAACUCAAUCCACAGGAAAAACAUGAUGAAUAAAUUAAGUUCUCAAUUA